AUGGCGACACCUGAUGAACUACAAACUCUCCGUCAAGCCCGAACCCGAGCCCGCCAGAGCCGUACACGAGCAUUCACACGACUAUCUGAUGUCCGAGAAAGGAUCAAGAAUCUCUGUACCAACGACGAAGACGACGAGAAUGUCCUGGCGGUCUUGGAAGCUCAAGAAGAGGAACUCGCUCGAGCAUACGUCGAAGCCGAUCAACAAGCAACAGCGGCAGAACGAGCCUAUGAAGAAGCGACAUCGACGAGCCCACCAACGACACCACUGCUUACGCCAGCAGGGUCAACCGGAUUCAACGUCCAGGGAGACUCCAGUAAUCUCUUGAGACGGAACGACGGAUCGGCGGCAAACACCUCCUCUUUUCGCCAGCCUGAUUUCCCAGAAGCUCCAACCCGCAGGGCAGCUACGAGAUGUACCGCCGCUGAAGUGACCAAGCUCGUCCUGCCAAACCUCAUCGACUCAGCUUACCUCAAGGUACACUAUGACGACGUGGAGGACACCCUCGUAGAAGCUGGUGCGGCAACGAGGAGCACUUCGGGCCCCAUCCAAGUGAACCCCGAGGUCCGCCGGUCGGUAAUGACGAAGUUUAUCGGUACCCUCACGAACUCUGAAGUGAAGCCAGUGCACCAAGCAGCUCAAUCGGCUGCUCGAACAGGACGUUCCGACUGGAACCACGUUCGCCAACUUCUGUUAGGACGGUUCUGUCGAAGAUCCCAAUUGAAGUCGAAGUAUCUCGAGAAGUUGAGCUCCCUCAAGUUCCAAUCGGCCCGUCAGAUCGACCAGUAUCUCCUCGCCGCGUCCGAAGCGUACUUUAUCUUCUGCGACAUAUACCACAACGACUCAGCUGAGAGAAGAAACCUUACCAGGCAAAUCAUUGGCCGAUUGCCCCCAGCUAUCGUGGAAAAAGUCAUCCACCGUAUACGACGAUAUGCCGACCACGACGACGACAGUGAGGACUGGGAGACUCUCCUCGACUUCGAGAACGCAACCGGUGACAAACCUUCCGUCUGCGACGUCAUAAGAUCCAUAUGUCGUACGUCGGACGAAGCCACAAUCAUAUGCCAGCCGACGACUCAUAAGGCCGACAACAUCCGAUCUGUCGUGGAACCGGCCCAAGCAUCCUCUUCUCGGACUCUCGCCCAACGGCCUAACUCGGGCUCUGCACCAAUCUCACGACCUACACUGAGCGAAUGGGCCAAAACAUUUCCCGCCGUCUACUACAUCACCGGCCGAGCGGUGCGUAACCAAGAAGAAGCUCUCAAGAUCCUGCGAGCGGACGAGACCAAGGUCCUUCGAAAUCGUCGCGGAUUCCGCUACAUCCUCGCUGCCUACAACGAUGCAACUACGGCCAAAUCCAUUAUGUCCGAGCUCGACAAGGAGAACUACCGCUGGCGCGAGUUUGCUGCAACACCACCGUCAACGUCAUCAUCAGAGCGAACUCCCGCUCCGCUGGUGGAUGCGUCAGCGGGUUUUUAG